AUGCCAUCUCUCCAUGCAGAAAUCAUCAUGAAAAUCAUCAACAUCCUCGCAGAUGAAGGAGAUUUAGCGGCUCUUCUUGAAAUUCAAUGCCAAACUGCCCACCCUCUUCUCGGUGCUUCCACAUGUGCACUGAGUGACUCAUAUGGUGCAUCACCCAUCACAACCAUUCAGUUCCUUCGUCUCUUUCCCAAACUCACUAUCAUCGACUUCAGAGAAGGUGUCAUUGUCAACUGGACUGAGCUACAUGCUCAACCAUUGCCACUCAUUCGCUUACGCUGGGCCGGUCAAUUUGCUGAAGAAGACGAAGCGUUAAUCAUGAACACCUCUCCUGGACUCCACGCUGAUUCAUUGAACUUGGAAUGGGACCACAAUGUCAAUGAUCUGAUUGACGUAUUUUCCGACAAUCCAUGGUUCUGGAAUGUCGAUACCCUCAUCAUCCAAUGUGGAGCAGUAGCCUUGGAUUGGUUCUUUGAAAAUUUGAUCAACAUGCAGACUGAACUAAACACAUUAUAUUGCAAAUGUCAUACGUCAUUAAAACCACUCGUUCGUUUUGAGAACAUUGAAUAUCUCCCAUCUUUGCAAGCGUUCGGCAUGCAUCUCCUUGAUACAGACACAGAUCACAUCCUUGCCAGGCUAUGCGAGUUAGCAUUGCCCGACCUGUACAUGAUAUCCUUUUCCUAUGCAAUCACCGGCCCCUCAGAAACACUCUUGGAGCAUCGAGCAGUGUGGACCAGGUUCAGGGAUGUUGUCAUGGAUGUUUCUCGUUUUCCUGCAUUAACCGACAUCGACAUCGACAUAUAUGGCAAUCUGGGUGCGGAGGACAUACACAUUCGCAUGAUGUGGAAUAACCUUAUUUACCUGUUCUCAUUCGUGGACAGUUCCAGGAUCACUGUUAAUGUACACACUGAUAAUGAUGACACUACCGCGUAA